AUGGAGGAUCAUGACAAGCUUGUCUCAAUCCUUAAGGAAGUUGAUAUUGUGAUAUCUGUUUUAGCAAUCCCUCAAGUUCUGGAGCAGCACAAAAUCAUAGAGGCCAUCAAAGUUGCUGGUAAUAUUAAGAGGUUUUUGCCAUCGGAUUUCGGUGUGGAAGAAGAUCGAGUGGCUGCAUUGCCGCCAUUCCAAGCCGUGCUCGAGAAGAAGAGGAAAAUCCGACGAGCCAUUGAAGCCGCUAAUAUCCCUUACACUUUCGUCUCGGCAAAUUGCUUCGCUUCUUACUUUGUCAACUAUUUGCUUCACCCUACCGAGCAGAAACAAGAAAUCACUGUUUAUGGCACCGGUGAAGCUAAGGCCGUGAUGAACUAUGAAGAGGACAUCGGCAUUUUAACGAUUAAAGUGGCAACUGACCCAAGAAUGUGCAAUCGAGUCGUGAUCUACAGGCCGACGUGCAACAUUGUUACACAGCUCGAGCUGAUUGCUUUGUGGGAGAAGAAAACAGGACGAGUUUUUAACAGAGUUCAUGUGCCAGAGGAAGAAUUGGUGUCCUUGUCUGAAAGCGUGACUAUAAACUUUGAUCUCGAGGAGAAUGAAGUCGAGGCCUCGGCAUUUUAUCCCGAGUUGAAAUUGACUACAGUUGACGAGCUUCUCGACAUUUUCAUCUCCAAUCCACCAAAGCCUGCUUCGGCAGCAUUCUAA